AUGGUGGACCAUCCAGAAGAAGUUUUGGAUGGACUUGGGGGGGGUGCUCUAGGUGCUGGCGACUUUGCCGAGCAUGUGGAGCCUCUCCCCGCUCACUUGGGCGAUGGUUCAGUCAUGCCCGGGAUGGAGGUUGUGGAAGUCGAUGUGGACGUUGCAGCGCCAGAACGGGAUGGCGAGGAGUACGACUACAGCGAUUUGGAGAGUUGGAGCUUGGUAGCCCCGACACCGGGGGAUGUCCUAGAGGCCCUCAUCUCAGGAAGCGAGAUUGGGCCCGAAGCGGACGUUGCGGCCUUCCUGGUCGAGGAGACUUGGGUCGCUUCAGAUGGGGGACUGGGUGUAAAGUCCAAGUUCAUUGGAGCCCGGUUUCCAGGAACACAGAAGACCAUGUCCUCGUUGGUAAACCGCCAAAAGCAGUACCUACACAUUUGCCGCGCAGGGCCAGUGGAGUGUACUGUGCAGGAGGAGACCAUGAUACACAUUGGGUGUUUGCGAUGGUUUCGUCCGAGCCGUUUCGAGGCAUCUUACUUGACCAGCUCUGGGAAGCGUACCCUGUCCGAAGUGAGACGGUGGCGCGAGCAACAAGAGGAGUUGGCUGGGAACAUUCCCGCGCCUGCUCGAACCCCUUCUGGGAAAGGGGGGGCUACUCCGCCCCUUGCUGGAGUCGGAGACAGGUCCACGUCAAGGCUGGCCGCAAGAGAUGCAUUGGGAGCUGGCAGUGGCAAAGGUGCUACAAAAACGAGUCUGGAAGACACGUUGGCACGGCUUCGAGCACGUGUGGUUACACCUCCUGGUGGAGGGACUGGCCUUGGAGUUGGCAAGGGCGAUGCAGGACCCUCGCUGCUGGUGGACCGCAUGGAUGGGAGUCACGGAACUUCUCUCUCUGCGCAGGAAGGUCUGGGUCCGUCGCUGGCAACCGCCGCGCGGCGCGAUCUCGGACUACCUCCCGGCAACGCUUCAGGAGGAGAGAGAGGGGGUCGCGAUGGCAAGGACAAGAAAGCCAUGGUACCAGUGCGGGACAUGAGCGCACGGUCGUUGGGGAAGCUGGUCGUGGCAAAGAUGACCGAAGCGGCGGCGCCGCCGGACUUCCUCGAGCAGGUCUUCGCGAAACAGCGAUCGGAGCAACUCAAGUUCCUCGGAAUGCUGUUGCAGAGGAUCCAAGAGGAGCUCGACGUUUUGUCUACGGGGACUCCUGGCGGCGGGUCCGUGAUGCAAGCGUCUCGGGUGGUGUCCUACCUCCAGCAGGUGAUUCGACCCAAGCACGGAAUGGGGUGGACACGCGAUCUCCGAGAAAUGCUAUCCCUUGCUGUGGUAAUCGACAAACUCCGACAGGGUCAGGUAGCCGAGGCCGGGGACGUGUUGGCGGCUCGGUUCCUUGCCAUCGAAACAGCCAUGAACGAUGGGAGUUGGACGGCCGCCCAGCAUUUGGAGUUGGCAGCUCCGGAGGCAUAUGGUGCGGUGACUCCCGGGGUCUUGCUGAAGACCAGGAAGCACGCGGUCUCGGCCGCCCGCGCAUCCGGAGCAUAUCCCCCUGGGCCCUGGAAAGGGAAAGGAUACCACCUCGACAAGGGCUACAAAGGCUACUACAAGGGAAAACCGAAAGGCAAGUGGGAGCUUCACAAGGGCGACGACGCCGAAGGAAAAGGCAAAGAGAAGACGGGAGAGAGCAGCAAGAAAAAGGACGAGAGGUGGAAGAAAUGA